UCCACGCAUGAAGUGGGCGGUUAUAACCUAGUAGGCCUUCGAGUCUGACCACCGCCUCGCAGUAGCGGUGUCACUCUUUGGUAUACGUCUAUCGCGUAGCAGUGAUACUGGUAGCGACUUCUCCUGCUACAGCAGAUGCACUCGACGGCACUGGCACAUCCUCCGACUUCGUUCAUGUCCACUGAAUCAACAUCGCACGUUAAUGAAGGAGUAGGCGAGGAUCAGGUCAACCUGAAGAAUGCGGACAACGACCUCCGGUUGGAAAGACUCAAUGCCUACAAUGGCCUUUGGAGAGUCAUGAUGCCACGGCGGUCUCUUGACGGAUCCCUGCCACCCAACCUGUCCGACCGCAUACCUCUGGAAAUCAUCGAGAGUAUCAUCGACUGCAUGGUGCAAACCACGUUGGUUCCUACGGCGCAGGUUUGUCGUGCAUGGUAUCCCCGCGCCAUGUAUAACCUGUACUCCGCCAUCCGACUCCAAUCCCGCAGAUGCUAUAACCUGUUGGUCCAGCAAGUACGCACGUCGCCCCGCGUGAAGCAACGGCUCGCGACAACGGACGGCCUGAUCGUGACACACUUCAUGAAGCGCAAGGAGGAUACUAUACCCUUCAUGGACGCACUGCCCACUUUGCGAGUGCUCAGCAUAGAGGGAGCGCUCCGCCCAGCUACGCACCCAAGUUUCUAUCUCGGUCUCUUGCAGUUCAAGCACAUCGUGUCGCUGCGCUUGUUUGAUGUCAGGCUAAGCAACAUCAUGCAGUUGCAGCGGAUCGUCUACGCGUGCCCCCACGUAGCAGAGCUUCGCUUGCACGGUGUCACCCUGAUAUGCACAGCUCCCUUUGGCUGGGGAUCCAGUCGUCCAGCACACAUCCGUCCCCGGACCGAAGCCACCACCUCGCUUCGACGACUCGAGAUCAAAGUGAGCAAAUCGCUCGAGCGCGAAACGGACCCCACGAUGGAUUCUGUACCGAUAAUCGAUUGGCUUGUGUCCUCCGCCAUGUGGGGCGUUGGCAACAUGCCCGUGAUGGCCUGUGAUGGCGCACCGGCGCAAGAGACAUGUGUUCAAGCAGCUCGAUCGACUCCUUAAAGCAACUGGUACAUUUCUGUCGUCGUUCAAUGAGCAAUGGACGGGGUAUCUCGGUCAGAUAUGUCUCUAAUUUACAGCGUUUAAACGUUUAUCACC